GAUAACAAAGAAAAUUUUAAAGUACUAAUUAUACAAUAUGUUAUCAAUUAUUAUGAAAUCAUUAGAAUUAUGAAUCAAAAUAAAUAAAUGAAUAAUAUAUUAAAUCACUAUAAUAUUUAUUUUAGAGAAUUAAUAUUGUUAAAAAUAAGUAUUAUAGUAAAAAUAUGAUGAAAAUUUACACAUCUUAAACAGAAAAAAAUAAGAAAUAAAAGAAGAGCUUGGAAAGCAGAAGAACUUCGAUUAAAAUCAAAUGAAGAUUUGCAUAAAUUAUGGUAUGUUUUAUUAAGAGAAAAAAAUGCAAUAGUAUCAGACUAUUAAUAUUAUUAAAAAGUAUACGAUUAAAUAGGUGGUAAAGGUAGAAUGGGUAAAGUACGUUAAUCAAUGGCCAGAUUAUUAACAGUAGUAAAUGAAAGAAAUAAAAUUAGAAAAGAAUAUAGACAAUAUUUAGAAAAUGAAUAUGUUUCAAUAUAAAGGGAAUAUUACGAAAAAGCAGUAAAAGAAGAAUAAGAAAAAUAAAAGCAUUUACCUCAUAUUCCAUAAAUAAACUAAGAAUUACUAAUUUAAAAGUAUAAAGAUUUGAAAUAAGGAAUAGAUAAUACUGAUUAUAUAAAACGUGCAGCUGAAUUUGAACUAAAUAAGAAAAAUGAAAAAUAAGAAUUAAAUGAAAAAUAUGACUAUAAGAGUAAAAAAAUAGUAAAAGCAGAUGAAUAAGUGGAAGAUGAAAAUUAAGUUAUUAGAUAAUUUAGUUCUGGUUUUUUAAAAUAAUUAGAAGAAGGGAAAUUAAAAAUUUCGUAAGAUGAAGUUUUAAGAUAACAUGUAAAAAAUUGGAAAAUGCUUUCUAUGAAAUAAAGAAGAGUUGUUGUCAAUUUCUUAAAUGCUAGAAGAGCUAAAGAUGCUAAAAAA